CUAAUAGAGAAACCUUUUUCCGGCUUUGAUGGAGGAGAGCUACUUCUCAAGGGGAGUAGUUGGUUGUAUGUUCUAGUAUAUUUUCUUAAUUGCUUUGGCAUUUGAUGUCAAAGGGGGCUCUGCUAUUUGAGGGAUUUUCAGAGGCUUCUGCAAUUAUCUCGGGGGCGUUCUUGAAGCAGCAAGUGGGCUCUGCUAUUUGAGGGAUUUUCAGAGGCUUCUGUAAUUAUCUUGGGGGCCUUCUUGAAGCAGCAAGUGGGCUCUGCUAUCUUUAGCGCCGUUUUCAGAGGAUUUUGCAAUUAUCUGGGGUGUGUUGUUGAAGAGGAAAUAUUACUACUGUUUUAUCUGGCAUCUCGGUCUCCCCGUGCAGGGAAGGUCUACGGGAAGGAUAUUGGUGUUGUUUAGGUUGCAUUAUUCCAGAUCCUGUAGUUUGUGCAUGCUGCAAGUCUAAGUCGGACAACAGCACAGAUGGCAGUUGUAGAUUAUCACAGCCUUCCCCGGAAAGAGCUUCAAAAUCUGUGUAAGAAAAACGGAAUACCUGCAAAUAAAACAAAUUCCUUUAUGGUAGAUGCUCUUACUUCGAUCUUGAAGGUUGAUAAGCCCGAGGUUGAUUAUUACAGCCUUUCCCGGAAAGAGCUUCAAAAUCUGUGUAAGAAACAUGGAAUACCUGCAAAUAAAACAAAUUCCUUUAUGGCAGAUGCUCUUACUUCGAUCUUGAAGGUUGAUAAAACAAAUGAGUUUGGCUCAGCAACGACUACAACCUUACCUGAGGAUGUAGGGAACAAAUCUGUUUCCUCUAUAUUAAAAAUACUCAAUUAUACGGAAGAUUUCACUGCAUCAAAAUUUCCUUGUGAAAGUACAUUUUUCUCUUUGGAAAUUCAAUCUCAAAGAAAAGAACCGAUUGAGGAAGAUGCUAUCCCUUCAACAGUGGAUACCUAUAUUGAAGAGUUCACUGGAGAAAAUCCAAAGACAGAAACUGCAGCAAUUGAUAACAUUAAUGCAACUAAGACAUCUGAAGCAGAAAACGUUCUAUUGUAUAUUGCAUCAUUGGGUACUGAUGAUUGGAAAGAACUUUACCAUCAGGGUAAUCAGCAAAUUGCACCUGGUCCAGACACUCCUAUAGCCCUUCAUGAGGAUGCGUUGGAGGAGCUUUGCCAACAGGCUAAAUUUGUUACAAAAACUGCCUAUUCUAUAGAUGAACCUGCCAGUCCACAUGCUUAUGUUGAAGCAGUAUCUGCAAUGACUCCUAUCAAAGAUGGAUGUCAAGAUGUUGAAAUGUUGGAUCAAGAGUUGCACUGUUAUUGUAGCGAAAGCCCCAAAAACAAACCAGACAAUGAACACAAUUUUCAUCUUGCAGAGGACUAUCAGAAUAGUGACAAGAAAGUUGAGAGUGUGUCACAGAUGAAUUGUCUCCAUGAUUCUCAUGAGCAAGUGCACAAGAAAAGCCUGUUGCUAGAUUUACAAGCUGAAGAGAGUAGAAGAAUUUCAAGGUUGGAUGACUAUAAGAAGAUUCCAUUUGGUAAAUGUUUACGAGGCAUGAACAAUUUAGCAAGAGCUGCUACCUUACGAGCAGACAUCCUAGCCAAAAGAAGGGGAUUACCUGUUGUGGGAAAUAGUUCUGCUUAUUCACAAUCUACUUCUACAUUUCAUAAUCUUCCUUACCAGAGCCAAAAUGUACAAGAGAACAAAUCCAUUUCUUCUAUAUUAAAAAUACACAAUAAUAGGGAAGAUUUCAGUGCAUCAAAAUUUCCUUAUGGAAGUACAUUUUUCUCUUUGGAAAUUCAAUCUCAAAGAAAAGAACCGAUUGAGGAAGAUGCUAUCCCUUCAACAGUGGAUACCUAUACCAAAGAGUUCACUGGAGAAAAUCCAAAGACAGACACUGCAGCAAUUGAGAACAAUAAUAAAGCUAAGACCUUUGAAGCAGAAAACGUUCUAUUGCAUAUUGCAUCAUUGAGUACAGAUGCUCGGAAAGAGCUUUACCAUCAUGCUAAUCAGCAAACUGAACCUGGUCGAGACACUCGUAUAGCCCUUUAUGAGGAUGUGUUGGGGGAGCUUUGCCAACAGGCUAAAUUUGUUACUAGAAAGGGUGAUGGAUAUUCACUGUGUUUCACAUCCAGUUCCUCUCUUUGUAAAGAUGUGAAUGAUAGGCUGGAUAAUGAUACCAAAAUAUAUAGUCAUGGCGAGGAAACAACAAUUAAUGUGCAAAGAGUAGAUCAUUGGGGUCAGGAAGAGCUUUGUCAACAGGCUAAAUUUGUUACUAGAAUUGGUGAUGAAUAUUCACUGGGUACCACAUCCAUUUCCUCUCUUUGUAAAGAUGUGAAUGAUAGGCUGGACCAUGAUAAUGGAAUAUACGCUAAUGAUGAGCGGACAACAGUUGAUAUGCAAAGAUUGGAUCAUUUGGGUCAGGAAAAACAUUGUCAACAGAGUAAAGUUGUUACCAGAAAUGCUGAUGAGGAAUCCUUACAUUGCACAUCCAGCCUUUCUCCUUGUUCUGUAGUGAAUGUGGGUGACACCCACAAAGACAAGUUUUCUCCUGGUCACGAGGAGAGGUCAAUUCAUGUUGAAGGAGUAGACCUUUUGUCUCAGGAGAAAGAGAUAGACAUGAGAGAUCAGGAAGAAAAUGAUAUCGAUCCAGCACUAUUAUUAUAUUGUGAAAGGCUGAAAAAUCACCAUGAUAAUGAUAAGAAUAGCCAGAGGCACAUUGACACUGAUGACAGAAAAGAUUUGUUUGCAAUGGAAAUGGUUAUAGAUGAUGAAAUAGUGAAACAUGAUCAACCAUGCAACCAACCAUCAUUUUGUAGAGGAAAUGACGAGGAAAUUGACAUUGAUGACAGAAAGGAUUUGUUUGGAAAGGAAAUGGCUGUAGAUGAUGAAACAGUGAAACAUGAUCAACCAUGCAACCAACCACCAUCUUGUAGAGGAAAUGAUGAAGUUAAGAAAAGUAUGGUCAAGAUUCAGACAAAUCAAGUUUCUAACAAGUCUUCUUCAUUUCAGCUUUUUGUCCGCCACGUUAAUGGGGUUAAGCAAUUUGUUGACCUUGAAAAUUCUAGUUCAUCAGAAUGGAUGAAACCCAAUAAAUGUGAGCUUUCUGAGUUAAAAUCAGCAAGCUGUAAAACCAUCAGCAAAGUUGAUGUGACAGCAGAAAGCAGGAAAAUUAUGUCAGAUAAGAUCACUGAUUUUCAGCUACAGAGUUCAGAUUUUGAGAGGUUUUCAGAUCAAAAUCCAACUACAUGCUCUUCAAAAUUCCUUGGAAGCCAGAAUUUUGGUUCCAUGUUGCCCAUUACUAAGAAAUUAAAUGUCUGUAGGGAGCUGAGACGCACCUCUUCAUUACUUAUACCUCCACAUGGUGCAAAUAGAGGCUUAUAUCCUUUAAUGACUAGGAAAUCAAGCAGGCUCUCAUAUACUUUCACGUCUCCAAAGAAUACAAUAAAUGAAUUUUGCUGAGAAGGUUCCUAAUAAUAGGAACAACACAGAUUAUUCGUUAAAGUUAAAUUUUAUUAAGUCUUGCAUAUUAGAGACUGAAUAUGGACCUACUGAAAAGGUCAGAGAGAGUCAAACAAGACACCAGGGACAAUUAAAGAUCCCUCUGAGAGGGAAGUUUAAAGAAAAAGCAGUGGAAGUUGCCAAGACAAAAGCAUUUGUUCAAUGGAAUGACAAUGACUCAGGUAACUUACUAGAUUUAAAUUGGAUCAACUCUUACAUGUUGGAGACUGAAGAUGGAUAUAUUAAAUGUGUGGAAGGCAGAAAAGACACCAGGAACAGUUUAAGACUUCUUUGAGUGGGAAUUCUAAAGAAAAGGCAAUGAAAUUUGCUAAGAAAAUGGCCUUUGUUCAAUGUAAUGAGGCCUUUAAAAAGGGGAAUCACCACAGUAAAUUAGCUCCCUUUCAAAGGGAAUUACUGCAGCUUUUGGCUUUCUCUCUUCCUUCAGCACUAGCAGCGAUUGAAAACUGUGUUGCCAAUUUUAUGUGUUUGGAUCUUUUAUAGAUGUGAGACUUCCUGAACUGGCCUUCCAAUUCUGAGAAAUUAUCUUACUGUCAUUGAUUGCAACUUUUGCGAUAGCUCUUUCUCAUGUUUAGCUUGAAAUUGCAGAGUAUGCUAUAAGAGAUAUCAGAAAAUACAGAAAACUGCAAGAUGGGAUUUGCUAGACUUCCAAGCGUACAAAGCAGAGGAAAGUGAAAGUAUGCUGUGGUAGAAGAGUGUUUAAUGUGCGUGGAAAACACACCCAACACUUGAAGGUAUAGAGAUCUCAGAAGCAAAGCAUGGUGAAGAGAGCGUGGCAUAGAAUCUGAACUUCUUUAGUGAACAGCAAAAAAACAUUCAAUAUUUUAUUGUUGCUCCGCACCCAUGAAGGAAGAAGUCCAGUGUGUGAGUUCUCACGAAUCCCUGUGAACUGUUCAAAGGGCUGGCCUGUUGAAGAUUUUCUUGUCACCUCGCAUCCCCAUUUAUUUUGCUGCAUACCACACAUUCUAUUUGAAAGCUUGCUGCAAAUUGGGAAUCACAGAUUGAUCAGUUAUGUGAACAAUGAAGCAUAAAAGCCAAUAGCAGCAUUGGUAGUUAAUACAGGGCUGAAAAGAAAACGGCGUAGAUGCACAAUUUUGAAGACUCCUAUGGCAACAUAUAAAUGUGACUUGUGCUCAGCAUUUUCUAUUGUUUUCAUUAGAUUAAACAGGUCUCUGUUGGAUUGGUUCAUUUUUAGUUUAAACUGUGUGAGAAAUAGUUCAUCAUCAAUGCUUGGUUCAUAUUACAUGAUCUAUUAUCAUACUGAAAAAAAUAGAUAGAGACUAAAAUUGAAAGGAUAGCUGCAGAUUCGUGAAAAUAAAUAGAGGCAGGGUGGAAUAUUUUUUUAGACUUAUGAGAUAGAAAAGGGAGGAUGUGAGAAAAAACUCAAAAUUCAAAACAGAAAUAAAUAACAAUCAGAAUCAAUAAAUUAUAUAACUAUGUAUAUAUUUUAUUAUAUUAUAUAUAAAAACUUAUUUAUUAGGCACUUAAAUAGCAUAUUAUAUUGUUGGCCUCAUGAUCAAGAGAAACAUGAUAGUUCCAUACGCAUUUAAUAGUAUAUCACCGUAUCUCUUUCACCAAAGAGAUAGAAACUAAUAAUGAAUUCCCCUUCCUCAACAUUUUACUUAUGAAAAAAGAUGACAGCUUCUUAGCUCGUUGGGUUUUUUGUAAGGCUACCAAUAUUGACCUCUACCCUCCACUCUUCCUCUCACCACCACCCAGCUCAAAAUGCUGGCAUCCUCAAAUCCUUGGCCUCUAGAGCCUUUUUGAUUUGUGAUGAUGAAAACAUUGCUCAAGAAAUCACUCAUCUUACCCAAGUCUUUAAAUUAAAUGGCUACAAAACUAAUCACAUUGCUAGAGCCAUUAAACAUGCCAAGUUUUGGGCCUUCACCAAGCGUGGAGUUGUCUCCUCCACUCCCCCUUGCCCCUUACCUACUACCUCUAUCCCUUAUGCUGAAGGCCUAUCCAACAAGAUAUCUAAGAUCCUUCUUGAAAAAGGUCUUCAUUGUACCUUCAAGUCCAUAUGUACUCUUAGAAAAUGCAUCCCUUAUGCCAAAGAUCCAUUGGACACCUUUGAGUCUACAAAAUAGUACAUUGGUGAAAUUGGCUGCUCUAUUUCUGAGAAUCAAAGAGCAUUGUGUGGAAUUAAGACAUGAGUGAGUCCUGAAAUCUGCUUUGGUGGAAACACUCCACCAAGACCAAACACCACAUCCCUUUGAAGGAGACUCAAAUCUUGAUCAAAGAAAAUAACUAUUUUAAGAGAUUGUAUUUUUGCUUAUUUAUGAACUAUAUGUUUUUUCUCAUUUGUGUGUUUUUUAUAUAUUUAGUAAAUAAAGGUAAAGAGAAAACGAUACAACUAAAUAUAUAAUUGUUUAUUUAUUGAAUUGUAUUGUUUUUCUUCACCUUUAUUUCUUUUCUUUAUUUAUAUAUAUAUUUGUUUACAAUUACAUAUUUUUUAAAUUUAUUUUGCUUAUUUUCUUUGUUCUUUUAUUUAAUUAAAAUUCUAUAUUAUUUUCUUAUAUCUUAUUUGCAUUCUAAUAUAAUAAUUUUUUGUUGUUUUAAAUCUUAUCAAUUUCUUCUUUGGUAUUUUAUAUAUAUUUCCUUUUACUUUCUUGGUUCUUUCAUAGUUUAUUUUCGUGUUCUUUUUUUGUAGUUUGUAUUAGUCUCUUUUCUGUUUCUUUUGCAAUUUUUUUUGUUUAUUUGUUUGCCUUUUUCAUUAUUGGGAUUUAAUUAGUGGUUUUUAUCUUUUUGGUAAAAGAGAUGCAAGGUGAUACUAUUUAAGUGCGUAUGGAACUCCUAAAGUUUUUCUCGACCAUGGGGCCAACAAUAUAAUAUAAUUACUAUUUAAGUGCUUAAUAUAUUAGCUGAUUUUAUAUAUAAUAUAAUAAUAUAUAUACAUAGUUAUAUAAAUUAUUUGAUUAUGAUUGUUAUUUGUUUCUUUUUUUAGUUUUGAGUUUUUCUCACACACACCUUUUCUAUCUUGUAGGCCCUAGACUAUUUCACUUGGCAUCUAUUUAUUUUCAUGAGUCUGCAACUAUCUUUUCAAUUAUGCUCUCUAUCUAAUUCUUUCAUUUUAAUGAUGGAUAAUGUAGUAUGAUUCGAAAUGUUGAUGAUGGAAUUUUUUCCAAUACAUUUUAAACCAAAAGUAAACAAAUAUAACAUAAUGGACUAUGGAAAUUAUGUGUCUCUUAAAGGUCUUUGUUGUUCCACAGUGUUUUGCUCUAUGUUGCCUAACAGUUGGAGUUGUUGUGUUUGGAACCCUUGUUACUUGUUUAUGCAUUAUAAAAUUAUAAAGCAGGGUCUAAAAAUAAAGGUACAACAUUAAUUUUAUAGA